AUGGGGACCUCACCGAACCACGCCUCGACCGGGGGUGAUACGAAGUCACCCAAACAGUCCAACAAUGCCACUCCCCCACGUCAAAACACCAUUCCGGAAGUGAAGCAACCCGACCCGAGUUUGAAGCCCGAUGCUGACGGCGCGAAACCUCUUGGCCCUCCCCCUCGACCUGGACAGACGACUGGAAAUACUCCCGACUACUUCGGCGCCGGAGCCGCCUCUCUCAGUCUGGAGCCCAAUCCUUUUGAGCAGUCUUUCGGCGGAGGCGCGCCAGAGACACCAGGUGGUACGAAAUUGCCAUCCGUUGCUGCUCUGACCUCGCCAUCUUCGUUGCUCCCUGGUAGCGGCGCAACUCCAUUCAACUGGGGAGGAGGUUCUCUGCGAACCGGUCCUUUGAGCCCGGCCAUGUUGUCAGGUCCUACCAGUGACUACUUCAGCGAUACGCAUCACCUUCGUGGCGGAUUCCCGACCCCGAACGAAUCUUCGUUGAGAACUGGCUUGACUCCCGGUGGCAGUGGUUCCAUGUUCCCUGCCCCCAGCCCUAACUCUCAGCAACUAUUUGCUCAGCUGGCCAGUGGUGGUGCCACGCCUAGCACCAUCGAUUUCCACCGCACUGCGUUAAGUGCCGCUGCAAAGCGUGAUACGCAGGCCCAGAAUCAAAACCAGAAUCAAAACCAGAAUCAAAAUCAAAGUCAACCCCAAAAUCAGACACAGAACCAUAACCAGCAACAGGCAGCUGUGACAUCGCAGCCGCAGGAGAUGCCAAACGGUGCAACCGCUGUCAAGACUGAGGCAAAGCAGUUCGACCCGCACGAUAACGACGCAGCGAACGGUCUGUUUAUGCUUGCUCAAGGCGCACAGGGAAGAAACGGUGCUCCAAACGGCGGAUUCGCGGCAGCACAAGCACAAUCUCAAGCUCACCCACCUCCGCCACCUGCUCAAGGCGUCAACACGUCACCUCAAAUGAGUGCUAACGGUGCUGGAUCUGUUGGCGCGGGGUCGUCAGUCCGCGGUGUGAGCGAAGGCGGAAGUGCCAUGUCGGAUGAAAGCGAGCAAGCCCGUCCCGCAGCUAGGGGCAAGGGCAAGCGCAACUCGACUGGCGGCGCAUCGACAAAUGGCCGAAGAAAGGCUGAAGAGCCACCGGCAAAGGCCCCUGCCGCUAAGAAAUCAAAGCCGAAUAACAACAUCCCCCCUCCUGAUAUGAUGGGGGAUGAUAGUCAAUCGGAUGACGACGAUAUGAAACACGAGAAUGGUGAAGGUGGAAAGUCAAAGAUGACUGACGAGGAGAAGCGUAAGAACUUUUUGGAACGUAACAGAGUUGCCGCCCUCAAGUGUCGCCAGCGCAAGAAGCAGUGGCUGGCGAACCUCCAGUCAAAAGUUGAACUGUUCAGCAGUGAGAACGAUGCUCUCACAGCUCAGAUCACGCAGUUGCGUGAGGAGGUUGUCAACUUGAAGACAUUACUCCUGGCUCACAAAGACUGCCCUGUCACGCAACAGCAAGGCCUUCACGGCGCCUUCAUGCAACAGGCCAUGGAGCCAUUCAAUCCCCAGAUGAAUCCGUAUGGCAUGGCCGCUCCUAUUCCCAACCAGCAAGUCUUGGCGGCGGGCCAGGGUGUGCAACGCCGCUUUUCAUAG